AUGCCCGUCCGUUGGAAUUCAACAUACACAAUGCUUGAGAAUGCUUUGUAUUUCAAGGAUGCAUUACUGUGGUUUGGUAAUAGGGAUGGCAUAUUCAAGUCAAACUUCUCUCUUACUCAUGAUGAAUGGGAAAAGGUUCGUAUCAUGCAUGAUUUCUUGAAAACAUUUUAUAAAGUGACGUGCACAUUGUCUGGGACAAAGUAUCCUACCUCCAAUUUGUAUUUCCAGUGUGUGUUCUUGGUUCAAUCAUGUGUCUUGAAGGCAUUUAGUGAAGGACAUGAGUUCAUGGCACCAAUGUUAGUUCCAAUGAAAGAGAAGUUUGAUAAAUAUUGGGCUGAUUAUAAUGUCUUCUUGUCUUGUGCUGCUGUCCUUGAUCCCCGUUGCAAGCUUGGUUUUGUUAGCUACUGUUAUGGAAAACUUUAUGCCCCUGACGAGGCACAACGUCGGAUGCAUGAAGUUAAGAAAACUUUGGAGAGUUUGUUUGCUGAAUAUAGUGGUGCUGCUGUUAGUCAAACACCAUCAGAUGGUGCUACAAACAGUAGGGGAAGUAGGGGAGAUGGUUCCGAUAUGUUCGAUGACUACGAGAGUUACAUUCAAUCUCAACGGACAAAUGUAGAGAGGUCUCAAUUGGAUCUUUAUUUGGAAGAAACUCCUAGAAAAUUGAAUGACGAGUUGAAUGUCUUGGAAUUUUGGAGCAAAUCAUCUAUGCGAUACCCUGAGCUUGCAUCAAUGGCUCGGGAUAUUCUUGCUGUCCCCAUUUCUAGUGUUGCUUCGGAACAAGCCUUUAGCAUGAGUCGCAAAGUUAUAACACCUAACCGAGCUUCACUUAAGCCUAAGACCAUCGAGGCUUUAAUGUGUCUCCAAGAUUGGUAUCGUUGGAAGAUGUCUCAGAGUGAAGAAAUGAGCACUACAGGAGGUGGACCUUCAAGUUCUCAUGCAAAUGAGUUAUCUUCAGAUUCGGAAAAUGAUGAAGUUGAGAUAGCUUGA